AUGGCCUCUUCAGGUCUACUUCCGAUCCCUCCAGCCGGUGCUGACUCGUCCAAUCGUCCCCGGAACAGACGAGUUGCCAGUUCUGGCGUCGACGCCGACGCUCCUACCACAGCAACAUCAACAUCCUUGCUGUCCGCCGGCUCGACGAGCUCGCCAGCCAGCCGUCGUGCGAGUCCUGGGGGUCUAAAGUCACGGGCGAAUUCAGGGGAUAGGAGCCGUGCGUCUCUCAACUCGUCACCAGCGAGGCGCCGAGAGGUCUAUAGUACAACCGCGGAUUAUUCGAAACCGUCGCUGGGAAAGGGCCUGUUUGAUGGGAGCUGGGCUCCAACUUGGGCAUCAGUCCAGGGGCUUGCUUCAUCCCUGCUUUCGGGAGACGCCGGCGAUUCCGAUCGUUCGACGAGCCGAAAUGCCAGCCAAACCCGGAGAUCGGUAUCGGCGCUCGAACGAGAACGCACCCCGCCCGGGUCUGAGUCGUGGGGACCGACGCCUCCGUCUAAACAGAGGCCGCGACUAGAGGACGUGGCGGCCGGCAGCCUGGCCGAGCGAGAGGCAGCACUGAGGGCUGUGCGGACCGCGAGUGUUCUGGAGAGCCAUGAGGGUGUAAACGGCGGACUGGAUAUCACCGGAAGAUACAAGAAACGAUCUUCAGACGAGGAUUUGAGAGGCACGGCACGGCCACAGGAACCAGAAGAGUAUCUUGCCUAUAUUCACCAUGUCCAAAAGGACGACACAUACGCCGGUAUCGUCCUGAAGUAUCGAUGCAGGGAAGAUGCUUUUCGAAAAGCCAAUGGGCUAUGGUCGCGAGACAACAUACAAAUCCGCAAAUACCUAGUGAUACCGGUGGACAUGUGUGAGAUCAAAGGCCGCACAUGCGACCCGCCAUCCUACCAUUCACAGAACGUCGACCUUCUAGCGCCGACCCCUGCAACAGCUUCCGAAGACAAGAACGACAGCACUCACGACGACUUUUUUGCGCCCCGGUCGAAUGGAACAGCUCCAGAGCUGCCACCCCAACCUGACGAGACGCACCCUUGGACUCAUGUCCGGUGGGUGUCGCUAGAAUCUUUUUCACAGCCAGUGGAGAUUGCGAGAGUUUCCAGGAGGCAUACCGGCUACUUCCCACCACGUAGGAAGAAGAGUCAGCACACACUUUCGACGCUCUCCACACCCAGAGAGUCCCUUGAUAUGAGCGGCAUUGGUUCCACUGGGCAAAUUGAUAGCCCCAAAAGCACUUGCUCCAGAAGACCAAGUAUUAUGUCGUCGGGAAGGCCAUCCGCAAACGCGUAUAGUGCCUCUAUGCCUUCGGGGUCCACUUCCCGCAGCCGGGGAGGUAGCGUGGGCCCAGACGAUCCGCGGCCAGCUUGGAUGAGGCGACCGGGAGGCAUUGGAUCUUUGGGCAAACAACGUGCCCCGGGACCGGAUAAAGACUAUUUUAAUUCUUUCGCGCGGAAACAUUUCCCUGGUAUCAACAUUGACUCGAUGCCGUCGAUGUCGGUAAUGGGCUCUGAAACCGCACGUUUCGGCUUCACGAACAACAACACCGAUACCCCGGCGGUAGGAAUAGUAGAAAGCCCGUUCAAAGAUGGUCAUGAUGUAGAAGCGUCUUCCAGACAAGGUACGGGCCUCGACAAGGCAGCAGCGGCAGUGGAAAUGUGGCUGCGCGGUGCGUUCGCCAAGCGCUCGCCCAGUACUCCAAAUUUUGGUGCCCGUAGGCCAACGUCGCAGCCUGGUCAGCACGAGGAUGGGAUCAGCGACUUGAUAGAGCUUGAAGACAACAACAGCGAAGACGGGAGGUCAUUCGGAGGGCCUUUGCUCGGUGGUGGGGACAGCCGCAUAUCCGCUACUAACCAAACGAGCAUCCCAGGCUUUUCCAAUGCCGCCGGAAGCUCUGGAUGGAGCGGGGGGGAGGGUGCUACGCUUCGUGGCAAACCUGGAGGAAAUGCGGCCGUCAGCAAGGGCAAGAGGUCCGAGUGA